AUGGUCUUGUGUGCCCUAUGUUCCAUGCCAGCCACCCUCAGACACAUUCUCACAGGGUGUAAAACCAGUCUCACCCAAGGACGGUAUACAUGGCGUCACAACCAGGUCCUAAAAGUCCUUGCAUCCACUCUAGAGGACAAACGAGCUGCCACCAACUCCCUACCACCACCAGCAUCCAACCAACAACCGGCAACUACCUUUGUCCGUGAGGGGGCUAAGGUAGCCAGAAGCUGCUCCACACCAUCUGAGCGAGGCCAGCUACGCCUAGCCUGUGACUGGAGGAUGAUGGCUGAUAUUGGCCGACAGCUGGUUUUUCCUCCAGAAAUUGCUACAACCACCUUGAGACCUGACCUGGCGCUGUGGUCCCCUUCCCUAAAGAAGGUGUACAUCAUCAAGCUCACAGUACCCUGGGAGGACGCAGUGGACGAGCCGUAUGAGCAAAAACACCUACGCUACGCCGAUCUCGCUGCUGAAGCACAACACCGUGGCUGGAGCGCUGAAGUCCGCCCAGUGGAGGUGGGAUGUAGAGGAUUUGUGGCAAGAUCUACCACCAGACUGUUCGCUGACCUGGGAGUCAGAGGCCAGAACCAGCGCUCAGCCAUCAAAGCUACAUCGGAGGCAGCUGAAAGAAGCAACCAGUGGCUUUUCAUGAAGCGGAAGGACCCCUGUUGGGCCCCGAAGUAGCAAGCCCUCAGGUAUGCGGUCAGCUUCGGCUUGACUCAGGGAGUAGGACGCCCCUGCCUUGCAUAGUCCCACGAGAGAAGGUACCAUCUAUCUCGUGA